GAUGGUCGUCGUGUAGUUGACCGUUAGUGUGAAGUUAACUUGAUCGCAUUGGCAUCAGGUGAAUUCACUAGUUUUCAGCAAUAAUUUUCUUGAGUCAGCAUUUUGAUUUGCAGAAAAACAUUUGAAAACCUGCCCAACAGUCGGACUUACCGGUCAAUGAACCUCAACAUUGUUUUUCAAUUCGUGUGUCACUCCGUACCUGAUUUCGGCCAGACGUGAAUGAUGAAACGUGGUGCCAAAAUGGAAGUUAUUUACAUCGUUUUUAUUUGCUAUUUGCUGCAGGCAUUUGUGGCUAGUGACGAGACAGAUUGUGGUUGGGGAGUCUGUAGCCAGGGAUGCCACGCAGUGAGAGGGACUAAAGUCAACUGCACUUGCAACGAAGGCUUUAGUCGGGAAUCCGACAAUUUCACUUGUAAAUCAAAUGAUGGGAGGAACCCCUUCCUCAUUUUCUCCAGGCGACAUGAAAUUCUUCGCCUCGACAUGAAAACGCGGGUAAACGUGGCGCUGGUUUCUGGUCUCAGGAACACGGUCGCUCUCGACCUCCACUACAAGAAGCAAAUGCUGUUCUGGACGGACCAACCUGGAAUGACCAAUCGAAUCUCGAGCGGGACCAUUGUAUCAGACACUCUCAUCAAUAUCAAACCAGUGAUUUCAGUAGGCCUAGCUAAUGUGGAAGGUGUGGCGGUUGAUUGGAUCGGUAACAACAUCUACUGGGUUGACAAUGACCAUGAUCGGAUUGAAGUGGCGCGACUAAACGGCACGAUGCGGACGACUUUCGUUGAGGGCAAUGUGGCGAGCCCAAGAGCCAUCGUACUGGAUCCAAGAUGGGGGUUGUUGUUUUGGAGCGACUGGGAAGCUACCCGGCCAAGAAUCGAGCGUGUUUCAAUGAGCGGUGAAGGCAGGAAGAUCAUUUAUGAUAUCCGUCGCAUUCCCGGCGCCGCGUGGCCAAAUGGGAUGACCUUGGAUUAUGAGAACGUCCGACUCUAUUGGAUUGAUGCAAAAUCUGACUCCUUGCACACGGUGAACUACGAAGGCGGUGAUCAUCGUAUUGUCCUCCGCGACGAACAACAUCUCACCCAUCCAUUUGCAAUCACAACAUUCGGAAACAAUGUCUACUGGACGGAUUGGACAACGAAUUCAAUUACCAAGGCUAAUAAAUGGAAUGGCACCAACGUUGAGAUCGUAUCUCGCACUACCACACAGCCUUUCGGUGUCCUUGUCUCUCACUCCUCUCGCCAGCCCGACUCCCCGAAUCCAUGCGAACCCCCACGCAAUGGAGGUUGUUCUCAUCUCUGUUUGAUCAACUCAGACCCGCAGCUGGCGAACAUGGAAUACAAAACACGUGCAGGGUGCGCCUGUCCUCAUCCGAUGAUACUGAAGGCUGAUAAGAAAACAUGCGGCAGUAAUGAAACAGUUGGGCCGCCAAGGAAUAUACGAGUUGUAUUCAUCCAUCAUGAUCCCCCGUUCGGCACCGUGACCUGGGAUGCCCCAGCAGACGCCUCUGGACCGAUCGAUUACUACUGGAUGAGAUUUGGCGAAAAAGGCCAGACUCACUUGGAAGAGAGACAACUCGCUGGAAGAACGCCUUUUACUGCAAUUUACGCUGAAAAUGGCAUGGAGUACGAGAUCAGAGUGGCUGCGGAUAUUGACGGUCGACGUGGGGAAUAUGCCAUCAUGACUGUGGUGGCGCCUGACGGCCGCCCAACUGCUUCACCCGAGAACCUCACCGUAACGGGUCUGAGUCCGACCUCUGUGCACGUCACAUGGGAUCCUCCGUUGAAGCGUGGAAGGAAGGGAAAGAUUGUGAACUACAUGGUGGAAUGGCGGAAAGAGUCUGGUGAAACGCUGUGGACCAGCAACCUGAACACGAGUGAGACUGAUGUUACAAUUGGUGACCGCACCCCCCUUAAACCUGAAACGUACUAUGUCUUCAGGGUUAGAGCUUUCACGAGUGCCGGAUCUGGACCUCUAACGCAGACAUUCAGAUUUACAACAGACAAAGCAGUUGGGCCGCCAAGGAAUUUACGAGUUGUAUUCAUCGAUCAUGACCCUCCGUUCGGCACCGUGACCUGGGAUGCCCCAGCAGACACUUCUGGAUCGAUCGAUUACUACUGGAUGAGAUUUGGCGAAAAAGGCCAGACUCACCUGGAGGAGAGACAACUCGCUGGAAGAACGCCGUUUACUGCAAUUUACGCUGACAAUGGCAUAGAGUACGAGAUCAGAGUGGCUGCGGAAAUUGACGAUGAACGUGGGGAAUAUGCCAUCAAAACUGUAAAGGCGCCUGACGGACGCCCGUCCGCUCCUCCCCAGAACGUAGCUGUAAUGGGACAGAGUCCGACCUCCGUGCGCCUUGUCUGGGAGCCCCCGGCGAAAGCGUACAGAGGAGGGACGAUCCUCAACUACAUGGUGGAAUGGGGCACAGACGAAAUGAUUUACAAAAACAAAAUGAACACCAGCAACACUGCUGUUACAGUUGGUGACUCCCAGCCCCUUGAUCCAGAUACAGCCUAUGUCUUCAGGGUUAGGGCAUUCACAAGUGCUGGGUCAGGGCCAACAGAGACAGUUCAAUUCAAAACAGACAAAGAUGUAGCUACUGGCCGCUACGGUGAUGUGCCAUCAGUCCUCCUAAACUGUACUAUGACCAGAAAAGACGAUGCAAGGGUGCUGGCCCCGAAUUGGGAAACACAUCCCGAAAUAACAACAGAAGAGGAAUGUGCUGCGAACUGCCUUGAAGUACCAAUGUGUGACAGUGUCACGUUCACUAACAGCUCGAAAAAGUGUGAAAUCCAUCCGAGAAGAGAGUUUAAAUUUGGUUAUAUUUCUGAGGAGGGCACAAGUGUCAUGUACGAGAAGGACUGCCCCUCGAUAAGGGAUUUUGCCGAUGAUCCUCUCCCACACCAAGUUAUUUGUCCCCUAAAUAGAGGUGCGCCGAAACCGUCAAACAAGUAUGCCUACAGAUUAAGAAGGUACAGAUCCACCUAUGAGGACGGCGAGUACGCCUGCCGCCGGGAUGAAAUAUGUGCAGGUCUUUCCUACGAACUAAAUCCAAGAAACAACCAGUUCGACUUCACCUUCUAUUAUGAUGCCACGCCUGAUGAGGGGGCGCCGGUUUCCAAUAUGAGUGCUGUAAAAAAUUGUCAGCCAACCAGUCCAAACUGCGGCUUCUUGGAUGCUUACUACAAGAAGAGCUUCAGGAACGGCUGGAUGUAUUCCACACCAACACUCCGCCGAGGGGCCGACAAAGCCACACUCGGUGACUGUCUGGCCCUUUGCGAGAAAGACAGUCGCUGCUAUGCCGUGACAAUGAUUGAUUACUUCGAGCAGUUUGAUUGCAAGCUAUAUGGUUCGCCUCCACGUGGUGGUUAUCGGUUGAUGACGUAUCCAGGUUUGGGUGAAGUUUGGACAUGGAUGAAGACUCCUGGAUUAUGCACACAGGGCAUGGGAGGCAGCGAUAUACCAGCAUAAAAUACUACUGUAAACGUGGCUCGCAAAUGAAUAUUUUGGCUUUUGGGUCAAAAACGUCCUUAGUAUUGUUACAGUAUGUGACAUAAAAAUUAUUUGAUAUUGAAAUUCCCAGAACAUUAAUUUUUAAUGCUCUAAAACCUCAAAUACAAGGAAUGAGGCUCCGCCCCCAUUUACUACAAUGGAGGAGAGAUUCUAAAACCUCAUUAUCAAUUUUAAAGAAAUGACACAAUAGGGUAUCUUUUAUUAGAAGAAAUAGGCCUACUAUAACCUGUGAUGUUGAUUUCGUUUCACUGCCAAUGUCGGCCAAGAUCAGAGCAAGAUUAUAACACAUGCGACUGCAUUGGCCCAUGCCAUUGAUAAAAUAAUAAUACCUGACUUAUUGGCCCAUCCCCAUUCAAACCAGUGUAAUGAUUGGGGGCGGAGCCUCAUUCCUUGUAUUCGAAUGAGUUUUAGAGUAUUUACCAAAUUACUAGCACCAUUAAGCUGAGGUCCAGUUUGCUUGAUGUCAUACAUUAAGUUUUCUUGUCCCAACCGCGCAGUUAAAAGUAAAAGGACUAUCCCAUUACACAGUCUAUUGUCUUUAAACAGCCCAUACCUAGAUCUAAAUUCCCUUUGUGCCGCUGUCUUAUCAAAGGGUUAUCAGGGCUAAUAUCGAUGAUAUCGAUUUCGAUGAAACAGCUUUCAAUGGGAUCGAUAGGCCUUAAACCGGCAAGGGCAAAUGUAUCUACUGUAGUUUCAUGAAAAUAACACCACUUCAUUAACAGCCAGUGUCGCCGCCCCUGACGCAUAGGGUGGCGAACAGAGCUGUUGAGAAGGCCGAUCAUUGGCUGGUAUUCCAGAGAGGGUUGUCCAGGCCUCAUAUCCAAUAUACUUCAGUUUCGAGUCCAAUCCUUAUUGUUUGGGUUGUUGAAACCGAUUCGUAGGUCUCCUAUGAAUGGGAUAAUGGGAUCGGGCCUUCGGCCAUUGUACUGAGUGUCCCAGAACAUUUUCAACUAAUCGUCAUUGGUAGUGUAAAGGGUGUCCCAGUGCUAAUGGCUGAUAGUGUACAGGGUGUCCAUGAAAAAAGUCCAACUGACAUAUUGGCUUCUGCUGGUUUUAGGGACUGACCUGCCCUUUCAAAGUGAGGCACUGCUCAGGGAGGUAAUGAAGCAUGUCUUCGGGUCUCAUCAUUCCUUACCAGCUUCGGGCUUUCAAAUAUACUUUGCAGUGCGAAAUUGGUAAGAAUGAGAAGUUGUCCGUCACAUAUCUGGAGAACAAAACGAACAUCCCUCUGAAUGUACAGUCUUGUCCGAAGUGAUCAGUGAAGGAAUAAAAAAGAACGAUGCAAAUCCCGAUUCAAUUUAUUUUCAAAGCUAAAGAUACACAUUAUUAGAUUGUCCAGCUUUCAGAAUCGUACCCACAAUCAUUCACAACACCCACAGUCAAUUCAAGUCCAUCACAAUGUCCUCCUCGACUACAUUCACGAACUCUGGUCCAUCCACAGCAGUCUCCUCUUCUUCCUCCAAGAUAGCAUGUGGUCCGGCUUCGAUUGGCCUUGGUCGAAACGAUGCUUCAAAUCAAUUGACGAUAACGUCCUCAUCAACACCAUCCCAGGCAUCUCUGAUGAUGUUGGUCACGUCUCUCAGGCCGAUGUGAGGGCAGUCUCCUCUUUCGUCCGUGUGGUCCUUCUUCCACGAUUUCCAUUGUCGCCGUACGUGACAUUUGAAGGACUUCAUGACUGCAACGUCUAACGGUUGUACGAGGGAUGUGCAACCAGCAGGUACAUAAUCCAGGCUGCCUCUCAUGUCGCGGACUCUCUUCCGGAAGUUCUCUGUCCGGUGGACCUGAUAAUGAUCGACGAUUAACAGGAACUGGUCGGUCUCGUUGUCGGUGACGUAGGGUGAUAGGACUUCAUCUAACCAGUUGUACGCCGUUUCCUCACUCAUCCAACCAGUUUCCGAUAGGGUAAUCUUUACAUCUGCUGGUGGGUUGUCUUGGAGGGCUGCAAACACCCGGACGAAACCUCUUCUGGGGAAGGUGAUGUGCGCCGGCAACUUUGCUCCAGAGGCUGCGAUGCAGAGGGUGACGGUGCAUCCCAGCUUAGUAUUGGACCUGGAUGAUCAGACGUCUAUGGCCUUCUCCCCCGUGAUGUUGGCCGUGUACAUGGUUCUCAUAUCAAACAGGACAAAGGUUUGGUCCAUGUUAAAGAAGAACCGCAUCUGUAUAUCAAGACGAUCGAUUCUCCCAGUAACCGCAUCUCGGAAGGUCAGGAUCCUUGCAGCAGCAUCAGCGGGGAUGGUCGUUGUAUCCUUGGUCACCUUCCGUAGGGACACGUGGCGUCUCUUCAUCAAGCACUCCACCCAGCCUAUGGAUGCGUUGAAAUCCCAUAGCUGAGGGCGACAAUGCUGAAUCCCUUCUCUGACAUCUUGGGCUAACUCAUUCCACCAGCUUUGCUUUCCACCAGCUUUUCCACACUACCAACGCCUUAUCUUGAAUGUCGAGAACGGAGACUGCGAGGCGACGCUCUCUCAUCUGCUGCAGCCAUUGGUAAAGCUGGCCCUCAACCUGUGGCCAUAACGGAUCACGGGGCUCCAUCAUCUUCUUCUUCUGGCCAUGCCCUUCUUCUUGCUUCUGCUCGAGGUCCUCGAGAUUCCACCUUCUAAACGUCUCCCAGGGGAUGUUAUAGUGGGCGGAGAACUCUCUCAUACUGCGCACCGUACCGUUCACCAGUGCCUCCUUCUGGUCUCUCAGGUAGGCAAGAUUUUCUGUAACGGUGUAGCGCCGGCGUCGUUUUCUCAGCAGCUCUACAGCAUCCAUUGUCGCACAGGUUGUCUGCAAUGUGGGUACCCUCAGUGGGGCUUCAUUUAUAGGCCUAGGAGGCCCUAGAAUUCCUCAAGAAAACCACACAUCCUAGAAACUUCAAUUCUGUUUUCUCCCACGUAGGCCUAGGGAGUCUAAAUCAAAAAAGAGGGUUGUAGAAAAACAGAGGAUGAGCUCCUCGUUUUUCUUCGGAAUUUCGUGACUACUAUCAUUGCCUGAAUAUCACUUUGCUUUACUAAUGCAAGCAUUUGUAGAUUUUUCUUCAGAGUUUCAAUAAGGACUUUUUUUGUUUUGGGGGGUUUGGAUCAAUCUAAAAGGUGCUUCAGUUUUAUGAGACAACCUGUAUAAACGGUCGGCGAGUGGCCUUACCAUUUACGUCAUUCCACAUGCGCACUCAUCGACCAGUAGGCCCACAACACUUCGAAGCAAUAGGGCUGCGGUAAUAAGUGGUUUAGCGCAACCGUGACAGCUCGGCUGAGCCAUCACAAGGGCCAGCGAAGUCACUCAUUGGUUACCUCUGGUGAAUAGGCUCGAGAGAAGAGGCCGGGCCUUGAAUAUCCCGAAGUGGUGUUAUUUUCAUGAAACUACAGUAUGUAUCCUUCAUUAGUUAAUGUGCAAUACGCAUUUAUACUUUCGCUAGCAAGUUCAAUUGGGUGUUAUGGUCUCCAAUCAAACUAUACAUGUAAAAUCCGAGAGUAACUCCACCCGUAAUUUUUUAUAUCCUAAGCGUGGUGUGGCAUGAAAGAUUUGCUCCUUAAAAGACUUCUAUGAUACACCCACUCAGAAUUUCAAAAGACUAAUAAAUGAAUUAUAACUGCGGUAUCACAGUUUGUUUGGUGACUAAUGACACACAAUAUUCCCCUCUCGGGUGAAGAAAGUGUGGAAAAAUGUAUUCGUAUUGUGUAAUGACUUAAUAUACAGGAAUAAUGUGAUAAAACAAACUCGACGAAAAAGUGAUCGUGUCAAACUCAAAUAAAGUCAUAUUUUGGGAGUUACCGGUAUCUAAAAUAAAAGGUUUAUGAUAUUUUCUUUGUAUAUUGAAGCACAAGAAAUGCGUGUGAUAUCAACCUUGUCUAUGUGUGAGUAAAUCUCCAAAUUGAUGUUUCAGGCGGUCAAAUAGAUGUCCAGUCUCUUAACAAGCCAAUGUCCAUUUCAUCCCAAAUAUGUUCUGUAUUGCAUUCGACCGCUAACUAUAAUUGCCACAAUUUUGGCAAUACAGUCCGCAUUAGUCAGAAACUAGUCCUGAAUAAAAUUGCGCUGUCCAGAUAAAAAUAUUCUAUGUUUAUAAAUGCCAAUUAGGAGACCUGUGAUUAUAAGAAUAAAAUUGUCCAUAUUACCCUCAUUACAUUUAUCGUAAAAAUAUAUCCGCAAGGAUUUCAAAGACUGAGAUUUGUUUUCAAUUAUUUACACGGUAUUGAUUCAUCUUUUUAUGUUGACUCGGCAUAAUCGUGUUUUG